GCAGGGUGUUUUAAACGUUUCUCUUUCCUUGCUUCUUUCUUGUGUUGUUACGUGGGUCUUUUCUUCUUCGUUUUGCUUGCCUUCAUUUGGAGAUGGAGCCUUUUCCACUGGAAUGGCAGAUGUUGAAACGGGACAGAAAGAAAGUGUGUGAAGAGUCUUUGCUCUCCGGGAUUGAGAUGGUGAGUGUGGGAGUCAGCACAGAGCCCUGCCAUGCCAGGUGGGAGGUAGAGACAGAUGAAAUUGUUCUACAGCGGCGGCAAAAACAGAUAGAUUAUGGCAAGCGCACACCUGGUUACCAGUGUUUCCUGCAGCAGGUUCCCAAGGCAAAGCGACAGCCAGGACUUCACCCUCAAACACCAAACAAGAAGAGGAGGUACAGCCGUCGCUCCUGGGAUGCCCAGAUCAGGCAGUGGAGAAGAGCCCUACAUUCCUGGGAUUCCUCCCAGCCAUCCCCUGCAGGGCAGGGGGUCUGAGGGGUGUGUGCAUUAUUCUUGGUUCCUUGUUUGAGUGGUGGACUGAGCCCCACCUCUCCUCACUUUGCAAAGGUUUAGCUACCACUGGCUGAAAAGGGAGAGUCUGAAUGAGGUGCAUGUUCCUCUGACUCUGCCACCUUCCUAGGUAGGAAAUGGAGUGUCUCUUAGAGCCAAUGGGUUCCACCCCUUUGGAUGACCUCCCCGAUUACUGGUUCCAGGCCCUGGAACCCUCAGUGAAUCUGGAUAGAGAACAGAAGGGAGCCCAUGUAGUAUCCUCUUCUAAAACACAUUGGAGCAGGGUUAGAAAUGGGGUCUGGCUCAUGAGGUAACAAUUAGGAUGGGGUUCAAGGUAGUAGUUGAAGAAAAAAAGAAGAAAAAUGGGGAAAAAAUAGGACAUGAAUUUAAAAAAAUCUGAGAACUAAACGUGGCAUAAGGAGAUUUAAUUGUAGUUGGUAAUGGUGGGAAAGUUGGGUUGCACUGAAGGUUAUUUUAUACUUGAUGAAAGGGGUAUAAUCUUCCUUGGAAAUGAGACCUUGAAAUCUGACAUGAAGCGUUUGGUUUGUUGUUUUUUUUUUUAAGUGUCUCAAUUUAUUUCAAUGUUUUGCAAAUGAGCCAAUGCUAACUUCUUAUUCUCAAUCACUGAACUUUAUUAAGCAUGGUUAAUAAUAAAAAUGAGUAUCACCAAGUGGUGAAGACCAAGGGCUUUAGAGCCUCAAGGACUGCUUUGUAAUAUCACCCUGGUCCACCACAUGGGCAAUCACUUAAUCUCU